AUGGAGAAGUCUCCAGAGUCCCCUUUUAAUGAGAAGCUGCCAUGCUCUAUUACGGAGACGGCGCAAGAAACUAGUGUCGGCGAGCUUGCCGAAUUUCUUGCGCCAUCGCCUGAAGCGGAGCGCCGGCUUCUAUGGAAAUUGGAUUUGCUCUUGAUUCCGACCAUGGGAAUAUGCUACAUGCUUCAGUACAUGGACAAACUGGCUCUGAGUCAAGCGACACUUUUGAACCUACGACAAGACUUAGGUCUUCAUGGCUCGCAGUAUACAUGGUGCUCGGCCAUCUUCUACUUCGGAUAUCUAGCCUGGAGCUGGCCGACGUCUUACCUGAUUGUCCGUCUGCCUCUGGGCAAGUAUCUGGCAAUCUCCGUAUUUCUCUGGGGUGGUAUUUUGAUGUGCCACGCAGCCUGCCAGAACUUCCAAGGCUUGAUCACAGCUCGAUUCUUCCUGGGGGUGGGCGAGGCGGCGGUGGCUCCCGGAUUUGGCCUGAUAGUCGGGAUGUUUUAUAAACGGGACGAACAGCCCUCGCGCCAGGCGGCCUGGUUUGUCGGUAAUUGUGUCGCGAAUCUGAUCGGAGGUGUGACUGCCUGGGGAAUCGGCAAUGCCGCGUCCAGCAUUCAGAGCUGGCGUCUGCUGUUCCUGGUCCUGGGUGGCAUUACUUCGGGCUAUGCCAUCUUUCUUCUUCUGAUUCUGCCCGACUCCCCCUCCACGGCGUUCUUCCUCAGCCCGAAUGAACGCAGGACUGCCACGCAACGAAUGCUGAGCAUUGAAACAGUGGAUGUGGAGGAAGCCCCAGGGGGCGCAAAUUUUCAUUGGAGCCAGGUUUGGGAAUCAGUGCAGGACCCCCAGGCGUGGUGUUUGGUUCUGUACACAUUCUGUGUUAAUCUUGCCAACGGGGGUCUUACCAGCUUCUCCGCCAUCAUUGUAGAAGGCUUCGGCUAUUCCAGCUUCAAGUCUCUCCUGCUCCAGAUGCCCGUGGGUGCCGCGCAGCUUGUCUUCCUCAUCAUCACCGCCGCCAUCGCCACGUUCAUUCCGUCCUCUCGGAUUCUAUCCAUGGUUCUGAACGUUGUGGUCGCCAUUGUCGGCGUGGCGCUCAUCUAUACCUUGAAUGAUAGCCAGAAGGUCGUCAAGCUAGUCGGACUGUCCUUCGUCGGAGCUUUCGCCGUCAAUAUCCCUCUUGCGCUGAGCAUCAUCAGCUCCAACGUGGCCGGACGCACGAAGCGAAGUACCGUCAGCAGCGCCGUGUUCGCUGCCUAUUGUGUCGGCAAUAUCGUCGGUCCGCAGUUCUUCCUGGCGUCGGAAGAGCCGGUCUACGCGGUAUGUUAUGGCGAGCGGAGUACAUUCUUGAUAACAUGUUCCUAA